GCUUACUCCCUCCUCAGUAACUAUUUCAGUUUCAUAAAGCCGGGCGAGAGAAACCUCCUUAGAAGAGAAUUUCAACUUGUGUACUUGGUCAGGUGAUAAGAGGCUGCCAACCCACAAAGCAAUUUUCAGCAAGCCAAACUGAUCUGACAGGACCUAAACUUUCUGAUUUCAGAUAAGCGUACGUGAUUGCUGCAAUGGCGCUUCUGUUUCAAUGUUCUUGCUCCGUAAGAGGUAGCGUCGGUGUAUUUCUGCUGAUUCUGGUCGCCUUCGUCAGUUCUGGACAUGCUCAAAAUGUCCGCGUUAUGCUCGACCAAGCCGACUUGAUUGGUGCAGGCACGCUCCGCGCAACGUGUGUCGAUAUGGAUGGCAACCCUACUAAUCUGCCAGUCACCUGGUCGUUCGCCGAUGAUUCGGCCGUCCUACCUGAGGGAACGAACUUCAGCAUCAGUGGCCAGAAUUCCGAGACGAUUGUCCUGCGCGUCGCCAGGGUAGUCAUGCCUGACGAUAGCCUAGUUAACCUCCGUGCGGUUAUCCGUUUCAGGUGCGCUACGCAGGUGUCCACGAGCGAUGACGCUACUGUAACGCUGUACAAUGAUCUGUGUCUGGAGGAGUACUUCUACUGCUUUCGCCGCUUCAACUAUGCACUGGGCUCGGCGACAUGCACAAGCGGGCUGUCCACUGUUUCGGUCUCCGGCACACCCGUCACUUCGGCCCAGUACAACUGCACGUGCCUGUCCGGCAAUGCUGGCGCUCCUUGCAGAAGCGUGCGGGACUGCGUCGCGAAUGCGGCCUCCCCAAGAGAUAGGCUUCUUCAGUGCACAGAACUCUACCCAGAACGACUCACUGUGACGCCUUCCAGGGUGGAUGUCUUCACGGGCGCCAGCGUCACCUUCAACUGUACCAGCGUAUUGCCCAUCACAUCAGCAGGGGUGAGUUGGACUGUCCCUCCACAAUUGCCCAUGGACAGCUUGCACUUCUCAGCGCAAGGAGGCAACACGCUCACCAUCGACCCUAUCACCGCGAACGUCAGUCCUGAUACCUUCGUUUCAACUACUUUUACUGUAACGUGCUCUGCGACCGUCCUUGGUGGCAUGCAACGGGCCAACGCCGUACUCGAUGUUCGUGACUUCUGCACACAGCCAGACGCGUGCCAGCAGUCAACUCUGUAUCCCCCCGGUAGUGCCGAGUGUGUGUCCUCACCCUUCACUGCUCCUCACUGCGAUUGCGUGGCUGGCGCUGCCGGCCAGGACUGCAGAGGGCUGGAGAACUGUUCGAAUGUGUCCACUUCAGCUACGUUUUUUGACUGUGCACGUGGGAUCGGCUGCACACUGAAUAACGGAGGCAAUAGCGCAAGUCAGUACUUCAAUUGCAAUUCUGGAAACGCCAUCCUGCCAAGCCUCAGCAUGUUAGCAGUCCUGGCGCUAAGCGCUUUGUUCAUGUAGUACGACUGCACUCCAGUCGGCUAUCCUACAUGUACCGCCGCUGCCGCGCAGGGGACAACUCUUACAGCACACAUGUACAUGUACAUGUACAUAAUAUUAACAAUAAUAAUAGUUACAGUUCGCAUGUCACUCUUGGAAGGAUCCAUGGGCUUAACGCAUCUGUCAACGAAAUCCAGGCAGAAGAGCCAACAAAAGGCAUCUCAUUAUUGUUAGAACGUGUCGCAGUAAGAACAACUACGCAAGCGCAGCACAUUUUUCCACAAGCAUCAGCCAUUUUUUCUUAUCUAGAGCCAGUUCAAAACAGUCAGAAAUAUCAUUAUUGGCGUGCUUUAGAUCAUUUCUCAAUAUUGUCAAUCCAUCUGAGAUGGGGUUGGCCCCGUGGGCGCUUGAUGUCCCGGGUAUUAAUUGCCAUCUCCAGUGCUUGGUAGGACGCUGAGUUACACUGCGUUACGCUGCGUUACGCUGAGUUACGCUGAGUUACGCUGAGUUACGCUGAGUUACGCUGAGUUACGCUGAGUUACGCUGAGUUACGCUGAGUUACGCUGAGUUACGCUGAGUUACGCUGAGUUACGCUGAGUUACGCUGAGUUACGCUGAGUUACACUGAGUUACGCUGAGUUACGCUGAGUUACACUGAGUUACGCUGAGUUACGCUGAGUUACGCUGAGUUACGCUGAGUUACGCUGCGUUACGCUGAGUUACGCUAAGUUACGCUAAGUUACGCUGAGUUACGCUGAGUUACGCUGAGUUACGCUGAGUUACGUACAUGUACAUUGUAAUUGUUAAACUUACAAGUAGAUACAUAGAUACAUGUACAUGCAUUCAAAACACUGGAGCCAUUAUCGUUUCAGGUAUUCAGACAGUAAAGCCGUCGCUGGUUACUCUUUUCAUAAAAAUAAAUUAGUUUUGACAUUUGGUUACUAAAAACAUUAGUUUUGACAUUCGUAUGUACAUGUGCAACAUUGUUUUGAUUUUUGCCUUUGUUCUUCCUUGAUUUAGUCUCCUACUUGUACAUGUACGUGUACAUUUCGUUCUAUCUCGUCACUGAGUGAGUAGAUCUACGUGUUCGCACGGGUAUCAGCUGGGUUGCAUGUGUACAGUCACUCUGUGGGUACACACAUGUACUGCAUCCAUAAUUUGUCCCAUUACAAAUGUACAUGUAUGUUACCUGUCAGUGCUUGAUGACCGCAUCCACAUUUUUGCAGUGCGCUCUUCACAUUUUAGAUUUAGAUUUCAGCAGCGCCGAUGAAAACAGUAUUAUGCUUUCCACUGGUUUGUGCCUACAUGUAUAAGCUACAUAUACAUGAUUGUAUACUUUAACCCCGCAAUUCGAUCUCAGCGAACUGUUGUCUGCACUUCAGCUAGCUCCAUAUAUUGAGUUUGCAUAGUUUAUCGGUUUAUUUCCGUUUAUCGGUGGUUUUCACUGAGGAUUUUUCUUCCGUUCUGUUAAAAUCUGGAUUUACGUUCAUCCACUUGUAUUUACUUAUUGAUUGUGGUUUCACGGACUCUUUCUUUAGCCCGUCAAAGAGGCUGUUACCUAUCUA